CUGGGUUGAAGUAACAGCUCGAACGAAGCAGUUUGCGUUGGAUGCAUGAAUCACUGACAGAAUAUCGUUAAUUCAAAGUGUCAACAGAAAUGGAAAAAUGAAGUCGCUUUUGGAGUGAGCUGGAACAAUAGAGACGCUGCGUAACUGAGACAGCACGCCUACAAAAGACGAGGGACUAGUGCGCCUUGGCACCGUAGGUAAACAACAAACUUCACUGACGAGCUGAGCAUCAAUUUAGGACAAAAUUGACGCAGUGUAAAACACAGUGUAAAACGCAUCAUGUUUCUGUGGACUGUGUUUUCUCAUUUAAAUGUAUAACUAAAACUUAGGAACCAUAAUACGGUGUGGAAAGCGACCGUGUGGUGUUCAUUGGCUCUCCCCAACCGUGCCAAUGCUGGAAUGGCUUGUGGCUCUGUGCUUUGUGAUCCUGGUGGUCUUAAUCUGGCCCGGUUUAAAAUAUUUCAACACCGAGAGCCAGUCGGAUGCCUUGCAUCAGGGACUGGGGAUUUCACAACUGGCAAAGACUGACAAGACCGGGAGGUGCGUCUCAGAGCGAGAGGGGAGCGACGGUGCCCAGGCGGGGGACAGGACCGAUGAGAAGCCACGCACCGUGGGACUGAUCUGCAAACCGUCUGCACUGGCCAACUAUCUCUUAAAACACUGCAGGACUUUCAGUAAUUAUUCGCCGUGUAUCGGGUGGACGUGGCGAGCCAGCGCCUUGCUCCAGAGUGUGUACGAGGCGUGCUGUCGGUACGACAGCCCGGUCCAGUUUGUGCGGGACAACCUACAGCUGAGCGAUGAGGGGCUGGUAGCUUUGGACUGGGCAGUGCCCACAUACCAGAAACGACGCCGGACCUCGAGCCACUCUACUAGUCCUGUUCUGCUCAUCAUCCCAAACUCUUUUGGGAAGAUCACAAGGAAUCUGCUCAAGUUGUGUGAAACGGCACUGUCCCAUGGCUACCUCCCUGCAGUGUUCAACCGCCGAAGCCACAACAGCACCCCGCUCACCACCCUCAAGCUGCAGCAGUUCGGGGACCCGGCAGAUCUGCGCGAGGCAGUGCGCUACAUUCGCCACCGACAGCCUGCAGGGAAACUGUAUGCAGUUAGCGAGAGCACCGGGUCGGGCCUUCUCCUCUCUUACCUGGGGGAGUGUGGAUCAUCCAGCUAUGUGACGGCGGCCGUCUGCCUGUCCCCCGUGUUUCGCUGUCAGGGCUGGUUUGAGAACGCGCUGUGUUGGCCCCUGCAGUGGACGUUGGUGCUCUACCAGAAGAUUUGUCUCAGCAGGUACAAAACGGUGCUGGGUGAGACCAUACAGACAGACACCCUGUUUUCCAGCUGUUCCCUUCGUGACCUGGAGGAGGCGUUGUUCUGUCAGACAGCAGCUGCACCACAGGGGACGAGCAGUAGUUGCACUACUUCAGCUACCUGGGAUGUUUACUGGGAACGCAAUGAGCCCUUGAGAGACGUGGACGAAGUGGCUAUUCCUGUUCUGAGUGUGUGCGCACGGGAUGACCCGAUCCGCGGUGACGCCCAAUCAACAAUACCCUUGGAACUCUUUGAGACAAACCCACAUUUUUUCCUCCUACUAACUGACCAUGGUGGUCACUGUGGUUUCUCCACCCAGUCCGAAGGGAACCCAACUGGUGCAUUUGGUUCAGUCAGUCCUGCGGCUGCACUGAACAGUGGGAUGGGGAGCCGUCAGAUCAGCUGGAGCCACAAAGCUCUGCUGGAGUUCUUCAGGGCGACCACAGACUUCUUCGCUGCAGAAGAGAGAACCAAGCAGCUUGUGGCCAGGAGGAGGGGGAUGGGGGGAGGAGCAGGGGGGAGGACUUUCCGCCACCGCAGCGUCAGUACAUGUAAACGAGUGCCAGAGUGUUCCCAUAAUAUCCAUGCCAUUUACAACUGGCAGAGGUCCUAUACACGAUGAGGGGAGCUUAAUGGAAGCUAAUGGACUUACUGGUGCUGUCUGAUGUUGUUUAGGCAGAUUUGGGAUGUCAAGAACUCUGCCUGUGUGGCACUCAGUGUUAAGAUGUCCAAAACUAGAAAAGUGCAGAUGUUGUGAGGUCAUGGAGUGUUUUCAAGUAGGUGUUGUUCUCACACACGUGAGGUUAGCCAUAAAACACCCAGAGGACAAAACAUCAUGACAGGCCACAUGCUUGCAUGCAGUUGCUGUGUUUAACUGCUGACACUAAACUCUAAAGAUGAGUGGCUAUAUAUUUUUCUAGGGACCGAUACAAAUCUCUUCACAAACAGCUGUCAAGCUUUCAAGGAUUAUGUCACACACACAUUAUUGAUUAAUAGAUUCAUCUGCCUCACAUUUUACAAAGUUUUCACAAUUUAUUUGUAGCCUACUUACUGUAGUAUAUAGCUGUUAUUCUUCAUAUCACCGACUAUUGGAGGACAAAUAUUCAACAUAUUGUGCUUAGAGAACUAAGGAGAUACAAAUCUGGCAAAAUAUGAAGUUAAUUCGAGCUAAUUGUCUAUUUAGUUUAAUGAACUCAUUCGGUGUUAAGGUACAUUUCAAAGAAAAUGUUGGUUUUUUUCAAGUUAGCUUUUAAAGGAAAAACUGUGUCAUGAGGUAAUGAUGUUUUAAUGAGCUUGCUGGAAGCACUUUAUCAUUUAAGAUCUGGGCUCCAAGGUUUCAGUGCUGCUCAGGAUCUGGAGGAUGUGGAGCUGUGACGGAGGCUGGUUUCAUAUGAAGACCUAAAGCAUCAUAAUGUUGUUUAGAAAUUCCUCUGUAAAAUAGAGCUAUUUGGGUUUAAUCUUGUGAAUUAAGCCAAUUAAUUAUAAAUAUUUACAUUAGACAAAGUAAUACAUAUGUGGUUGAAAGUGUUCAGAGGUUUUAAAAGGUCGCCUCAACAGUUCAAUAAUGAAAUCCAGGGUUCAGAGUAGUAAAAAGCCUCAAGACACAAAACUACCAGGCACUGUUUUUCACACAUUUUUGUUUUGUUUCAUAAACAUGUGAUACACCUUUUUAAAUGUGUUAUUUUGUGUGAUGGAAGUUAAGAAAUAAAAAAUAUAAAAGUAUAAAAUCAACAAUAUGUCCAUAGAAUAACAUUUGAUUGCAUAGUAUAAUAUUAUUUCUCAUGUAUUACUUAUAUCACUGUAUUUAUAAAGUGCAUUUCAUUAAAGUUGGGAUUCCUGUCAAACCCCUGCAGAGUAAAUGUUCAUAGACACUCCCUAUUAUAGCACAAUCCCCAUCGCUCCGUGUGUGUGUGUUUGUACGAGUGUGUGACAUUCACUGCAGUGUUUGUCCGCCCACUGAGCCUUAUCCUCUCAGACAGCUGGAACACAGCAGUGUACACACAGACACACACAAAAUGUGUGCCAGCAGACACAUUGUCAACAUGCAUCCUCACCAUCAAACACACACACACACACACAUACAAAUACCCACACACGUAACACACAUAGACACGCAAGCAGUCAAAAACAUGCAGGAUAUUCUUAUACACACUCAUUAUCUACAGAAGGUUUUUCUCAUACAGAAAAUAACAGCCUGUGACAAACACACACAUAUACACAACACACUCACAAACACGCCAACACAGACACAGUGAUUACUAUACUAUGUAAAUGUCACCAUUAUUAAUCCAGAUAAUGCUUAGGUCAAAGUAAUCUGCAAUGAUAACAAUGGCUAAUUAGGAUUAAAGAAUUAAAAUACAAAAUAUCAAACGAGAUUUUCAAUUGGUAUUAAGACUGCUACGAUUGUCUAUAGUGUAGGUGGGACCAAACAAGCCACGAUAACGAUGCGGUUUGUAGUAGUUACAGUUCUGUCCUAUUCUCUUCCCUGUACACAUGUUCAUCCUUCAUCUCAACAAAAUUAAAAUGUAAUAGGAGUUUGACCUAGUUCAAUAGUGCAGUCUGUCUCAUUGUUAUGCACAUGAUCAGGCACAAAUUACUGUUUCAUUACAGCAGUAUUUCAGUGUGCUUAAUUACGAGUUUAAUAUUCACAUAUUAAGGCCUAAUAGGCUUAAAUACAGUACUUAUGACAGGUACACUUUUUUUGUAAAGCACUUUGAAUUGCCUUGUGUUGAAAGGUGCUAUAUAAAUAAACUUGCCUUGCCUAAUGCCUCUGCACAUCAUCGCAGUUAAAUCUUACUAAUGUUGUCAUAACUUGUGUGUUUUCUGUAAAUAACAGGCACACCAACAUCUGUCUAUCCAAUAUGCAGUAAAUAACAUAUGCUCCCA